GCUUUGCCUGGCCUGGCCUGGCUGUUUGGCCACUUGGUUGCUUACCUGGUUCUUGUUGGUUGGCUGGCUGGUUGGCUGGUUGGCUGGUUGGCUGGUUGGCUGGUUGGCUGGUUGGCUUAUGAUUGAGGAAUAAUGGCGAUGCAGCUUUAUCAUGCAGAAGGUUGGUUUGGUUGACCUGGCAUGGACUAAGCUAAAGCUCUGGGUAUAUGAGACGAGUGCCACGCUCUUCAUGUUUUGGGCUGCGGCACGAUCUGAAAAGCAAAAAGUGAAAGUCAAAAGCAAAAGGCAAAAAGGCAAACGCAAACCAAACCAACUUACCUGCCAUUUCUAAUUAUAUUUUCUGGAUCUUCUUGCCUUGCUUGCUUGCUUUGACAAGUGAUAUCUGAGGACAGACUGGCAGAUCUUGGACACGGACACGGACUGGACGCUACGCUAGGAACACUUUUGUUUUGUAUAUCAAUUCGUUGGAUCCUCCGCUUUUUGGGAUAUCGUUUUUGAGAUAUCUCCACUUUACAAAUACCACUUACCUACACGCCUUCAUAUUGUAUAUUUUAUACAUAUCUACUUAUAUAUAUACACCUUAUCGACGAAUUCGAAUUCUCACCAAUCAAGAGUACGAGUAGCCAGUCUCUCUCUCUCUAUCCAUCCAUCCAUCUACCACCUCACUCACCUCACAACAACCACCAUGCCUUCCAAAUCCACCCGCAAAGGCUCAACAUCCUCCUCCCACCGACCAAACCUCAUCCGCGCCUCCGCCACCGCUCCCUCCCUAGCAACCUCCAACGCCUCACGAAAAGACCUCUCCAGUCUCCAGAGCUCCCGCGCCACAGCCUUGUUAACCCGCGUGGCGAGUUACUCCCUAGGACAGUAUGAGCAGAGGGGCAGUCGGAGUAGUAGUGUGAGCUCGAGUCCGGAUCAGAGUCCGGUUGGGAUGGGGGGGAGGAAGGAACCGUUUGAGAUGGUUGGGUCUUGUAUGUUUUUUUUUUUAAUAUUCUUUUUUUUGAGAUUUGAUUGAUAUUGAUAUGAGUACUGAUUUAUGUUAUAGCGAAUUAUUAUUCCUUCCCCAGUUUCGAGGAGUCGCAGGAGUAUCACCACCAAGAACGUCGUCCAUGAGUGAGUGAGUGAGCAAGAUGAGAUUACCACAUCUUCUCUUCUCCGACCGACCGAUCCAACCGGGAUGAAAUUUACGAUGACAUAAAGAUGACGAGACCUCCAAAUACAAAUUGAUGAGUGUGCAUAUGUACACCAGUACAUUCCAUGAAAGAAUACAAUGACGGAAGACGGAUGAUACCCCGGUGCCACGCUCGCCACGCUACGUACAUACAGCACAGCACAGCACAGUUCAGUACACGACAUAAGCAGUCCCCGGACCCGGAGCCAGAACCCGGAAUACCCGACCCCGACACUUCAAGGUUCCGAGGGAUCGGUUUGGGUCGGCUUGGUUUUGUGGCAUGGCAUGGCGUGGCGUGGCAUGGACGGAUGUUAUGCGAAUAUCCAUGGCAGUCACUCAGUCAGACAGAGACAGCGGUGAGAAGGGGAGGCAAAGACAACGACAACAACAAGAAAACCUGGAACCUGGGGUAUAGCGAGGACUCGGGGCUGUGCGAUCGAAAAUCGAAAUCGAAUCGAUAACCUGAUUUUUUUUUUGUCUACUUACUUGUGUGACGCCAUCUCAUCCAGAUGAGAUGAGUUUUUUGGGGAUUUUUCUUUGGCUUCCGGUUUUCGAAUUCUUGGAUUCUGGUUUUGGUUUGGGGUCUGGACUGGGUCUAGGCUGGGUCUGGGAUUCUACUGGUAUUCGUACUUCGUACUUCGUAUCUAGUUUAGGAUUAGGAUAGGAUUAGGUUUGGGUUGGGUAUGGUCUGCUUGAUGCAGAAGGGUGGAGUUUAUUUACGGGAGUUUUUAAUUGAUUUUGUUUGUACUUGGUUUUUGGUAUCUAUUGUUUAUUAGGUAUUAUUGGAUGGAAUGGAUGGAAUGGAUUGAAUGGAUUGGGUUGGAUGGGAUGGAGUAGAGAUGAACAAGGUGGUACAGAUACUUGUUUUUUCUCUCUUUACGAUAAGAGUAUACAGCUUCUUUUUGUUGUUUUUAUUUAUUUAUUUAGUUUGGUAUGUUUAUAUUUAUGAAAUGAAAUGGAGAUACCCUUUGU